AUGAUUGUCGACAGAAUUUAUGGCACAAACACCGCUGGUGACAUAGUCGGGCCCUCUGGCACCAGCGUGAUUUUUCCACUUGACCUCGAUGAAGUAUCGACCAUUGUGCCCAACAUCUCAGCGACCCAUCAACUUACGCUCAACGAUCUUCACACCGACUGCCCACAAACAGAGGAAGCUUCUGUUAUCGCAACAAAAGUGCCGGGUGGCCCUUGCGACCCAAUUCUUGCAGCCCCAAAGAAGGUCAAAUCAUGGGCUUCCCCUUGCGGCGCGUGUCAGAACUUCGGAUUGUUUGAUCCUCCAUAUGCCGUUGCUCCCCUUACUGGAGGACUGGUGCCAAUGACUACCACCACUUUGGAGCCCGCGCCCCAGACUACAACCACAAUUGCACCUGCUACCGAAACUACCACUCCCGAUGAGACCACCGCAUCUACGAUAUCGCAAUCCACUGCUACUGGCGUGGCGGUGACUCUGACUGAAUCAUCUGGCUCAUUUGUGGCCACCAUCCCGGUGACAAUUCCGACAUCAUCUGAUCAACUGGCAUCUGAAUCCUCAGUUGCUGCAGAGACUGCUACGGAGCCCUCCAUGCAGACUUCAACCGCUAGCACCACCUCUCUCGCAUCAUCGUCUUCAUCCUCAUCCAUGGGUGCGAGCCCGAGUUCCAGCAUACCCGCGGCCCCUGCCGCAGCCACCAGGCUCUCGGGUGGACUCGGUUGGAUCAUAAGUUUGUUCUUGGGAAUAUACUUCUUGUGA